GGGCGUGUGUGUAUGUGUGUGUGAGUGUGUGUGUGUGCGCGCGCGCGCCAGCUCGCGGAUCCCGGGGAGCUGGCCGGGAUGACGCCAGGCGGAGAGCGGCUGUCCCCCGCCGCCGCCGGGCCCUGGCUGGGGGAGUGGCCGGGCCGCUGACUCUCGGAGCCGGGCGCCCGAGCUGCAGGACACUGCGGCGGCCCCCAGUCCCAACCUCGCCCCGGAGCCGGACCUCGCCGCCCGCCGCUGCCAGCCAGCCGCAACAGCCGGGCUCUCGGUAGUGACGGAGUACGGAUCACCAGCAUGGAGAGUGCCCUGACUGCGAGGGACCGUGUUGGGGUCCAGGACUUUGUGCUACUUGAGAAUUUCACUAGUGAAGCUGCGUUCAUCGAGAACCUGAGACGGCGCUUCCGUGAAAACCUCAUCUAUACCUAUAUUGGACCCGUGCUGGUCUCUGUCAACCCUUACCGGGACCUCCAGAUCUACAGCCGGCAGCACAUGGAACGUUACCGGGGUGUCAGCUUCUAUGAGGUUCCCCCGCACCUGUUUGCUGUGGCUGACACGGUGUACCGGGCGCUGCGCACGGAGAGAAGGGACCAGGCUGUGCUGAUAUCCGGGGAGAGUGGGGCAGGCAAGACUGAGGCCACCAAGAAGCUGCUGCAGUUCUAUGCUGAGACCUGCCCUGCCAGUGAGCGGGGAGGGGCCGUAAGGGACAGACUGCUCCAGAGUAACCCUGUGCUGGAGGCCUUUGGAAAUGCCAAGACCCUUCGAAAUGACAACUCCAGCCGAUUUGGCAAAUACAUGGACGUACAGUUUGACUUCAAGGGGGCCCCUGUAGGUGGACACAUCCUCAGUUACCUCUUGGAAAAAUCCCGAGUCGUUCACCAAAAUCACGGGGAGAGAAACUUCCAUAUCUUCUAUCAACUGCUGGAGGGAGGGGAGGAAGAGAUACUUCGGAGGCUAGGUCUGGAGAGGAAUCCCCAGAGCUACUUGUACCUGGUGAAGGGUCAAUGUGCCAAGGUCACAUCCAUCAAUGACAAGAGUGACUGGAAGGUGGUCAGGAAAGCUCUUUCUGUCAUCGACUUCAACGAAGAUGACAUCGAGGACCUGCUGAGCAUUGUGGCCAGUGUGCUGCAUCUGGGCAAUAUCCACUUUGCCGCUGACGAGCAGAGCAAUGCCCAGGUGACCACAGAGAAUCAGAUCAAGUACCUGACCCGGCUGCUUCAGGUAGAUGGCUCUAUGCUGAAGGAAGCCCUGACCCACAGGAAGAUCAUUGCCAAGGGCGAGGAGCUCCUGAGCCCCCUGAACCUGGAGCAGGCUGCAUAUGCCCGAGAUGCCCUGGCCAAAGCCAUCUACAGCCGCACCUUCUCCUGGCUGGUGAAUAAGAUCAAUAGGUCACUGGCUUUCAAGGACCCAGAAUUCCCCAGCUGGAGAGGCACCACCGUCCUGGGGCUGGUGGAUAUCUACGGCUUCGAGGUUUUCCAGCACAACAGCUUUGAGCAAUUCUGCAUUAAUUACUGUAAUGAAAAGCUGCAGCAACUCUUCAUUGAGCUCACCCUCAAGUCAGAACAGGAAGAAUACGAAGCAGAGGGUAUUGCUUGGGAGCCAGUGCCGUACCUCAACAACAAGAUCAUCUGUGACUUAGUGGAGGAAAAGUUCAAAGGCAUCAUCUCCAUCCUGGAUGAGGAGUGCCUUCGCCCUGGGGAUGCCACAGACCUGACCUUCCUGGAGAAGCUUGAGGACACGGUGAAGCACCACCCACACUUUGUGACUCACAAGUUGGCUGACCAGCGGACAAGGAAAUCCUUGGGUCGAGGUGAAUUCCGUCUUUUGCACUAUGCCGGGGAGGUGACCUACAGUGUGACAGGGUUUCUGGACAAGAACAACGACCUCCUGUUUCGUAACCUGAAGGAGACCAUGUGCAGCUCUGAAAACCCCAUCCUGAGCCAGUGCUUCGACAGGAGCGAGCUCACAGACAAGAAGAGGCCGGAGACGGCAGCCACGCAGUUUAAGGCGAGUCUGUUCCAAUUGGUUGAGAUCCUCAUGUCCAAAGAACCUGCCUAUAUUCGCUGUAUCAAGCCCAAUGACGCCAAACAGCCAGGUCGGUUUGACGAGGUGCUUAUCCGACACCAGGUGAAAUAUCUGGGGCUGCUGGAGAAUCUGCGGGUCCGGAGAGCCGGCUUUGCCUAUAGGCGCAAAUAUGAGAACUUCCUCCAGAGGUACAAGUCCUUGUGUCCAGAGACGUGGCCCACCUGGGACGGGCGGCCGCAGGAUGGGGUGUCGGUCCUGAUCCAGCACCUUGGCUACAAGCCUGAGGAAUACAAGCUGGGCAAAACCAAGAUCUUCAUCCGCUUCCCCAAGACGCUUUUUGCCACAGAAGACGCUCUGGAAGUGAGGAAGCAGAGCCUGGCCACAAAGAUCCAGGCGUCAUGGAGGGGAUACCAUUGGAGACAGAAAUUCUUACGAGUGAAGCGUGCAGCUAUCUGUAUCCAGUCAUGGUGGCGGGGGACCCUGGGCCGGAGGAAAGCGGCCAAGAGGAAACAGGCAGCCAACAUGAUCCGACAGCUAAUCCAAGGCUUCAUCCUUCGCCGUGCACCCAGGUGCCCUGAAAAUGCCUUCUUCUUGGAUUUUGUUCGGUGUUCCUUCCUGCUGAAUCUGCGGCGGCACCUGCCCCGGAACGUGCUGGACAAAACGUGGCCCACCCCUCCUCCUGCCCUGCAUGAGGCUUCCGAGCAGCUGAGGGAGCUAUGUAUGAGAAACAUGGUGUGGAAAUACUGCCGGAGUAUCAGUUCAGAAUGGAAGCAGCAGCUGCAUCAGAAAGCUGUGGCCAGUGAGGUUUUCAAGGGCAGGAAAGAUAACUAUCCUCAGAGUGUCCCCAGACUCUUCAUCAACACUCGGCUUGCUGCUGAUGAGAUCAGCCCCAAAGUGCUCCAGGCCCUAGGCAGUGAGCCUGUCCAGUACGCGGUGCCUGUGGUCAAGUAUGACCGGAAGGGCUACAAGCCUCGGGCCCGGCAGCUGCUGCUGACCCCUGGUGCUGCGGUCAUUGUGGAGGAGGCUAAGGUCAAACAGAGGAUUGAAUACGCCAACCUGACCGGAAUCUCCGUCAGCAGCCUAAGUGACAGCCUUUUCGUCCUCCACGUGCAGAGAGAGGACAACAAGCAGAAGGGGGAUGUGGUACUCCAAAGUGAUCAUGUGAUCGAGACGAUAACCAAGUUGGCCCUCAAUGCAGACCGAGUCAACUGCAUUAACAUCAACCAGGGCAGCAUCACCUUUGCUGGUGGCCCAGGCAGAGAUGGUAUCAUUGACUUCACCCCUGGCUCUGAGCUCCUUAUCGCCAAGGCCAAGAAUGGGCACCUUGCCGUGGUCGCUCCCCGGCUGAAUUCCCGAUGAUGAUGAUGGACCCCGUCCGUCGGGACGCUCUUCCUGCCCCUCCACCAUGCCUGCUUUGCUCACCCGCUUGCUGCUGCCCUAUCCCCCUUCAUGGUAACCAAAGACUCUCACUUCCGUGCUUGGAAAACUGGGUGCAUCCUGGGUCUGAAGGGGGGCCCAUGUGGCGCCUGCCUUCUGUUCCCUGAUCCCUCCUCCCCGCCCACAUCCCAACCCCCACAUCAGCUCCACGGUGGACGUGGGGGGAAUAGUAGGACAAUGGGGAGCUAUGUCAGGAGCGGGGCUGAGGGAUGACGGGGGCCAGGGCAGAGCCCCAUGACCGAUGCCAAACCAGUGGGAGGAGACAUUUUGCUGAGGUUGUUUUUUUCUGCUGAGUCAUUUUGAUGCUUUGUAUGAGAUAAUUUUUUUUUUAAAGCCAUCAUUCCUGCCACCAAGACACGCUGGAUGUGAUCUGGCCAGCCCUGCAGGGGGGCAAUCAGAGGGCUGGAGGUGGGAGGAAAGGUGGGGUCCAGCUGCCCUCUCACCCCACCCCAGAACCAGUUACUCCAUCGCAUCUCCUCUUCCCCACCCGUGCCCAUCGUUCACUCCCAGGGACACCCCUCAGUUUCCCUUCAUCGCUGGCCACAAGGGGCUGGGACCCGAAUUUGUUCUACUGCUCCUCUAUGCCUUAGUGAGGCCCUGCCCACCUGAGACCUCUUUCCCAGAGGGACCGAGGCACCUCCCCCAGCAAACACACACCUAGGAAUUAGCCCCUAUGAUAAGCUCCUAACUCUGCCUGGGGCAGGGGGAGGGGAUAUCUUGAAACAAACCGGGUGGAGGUGGUGACAGCUUAGAGUGAUGGGCAGUGUGGGGAGCCUAGUGGGAAGAACCCUGGCAGAGCUCUCAGAGGACCUGGGGCUCUGUUACCUGUGUGACCUUGGGCAAACCACUUCAUCCCUGGGCCUCACCUUCCUCUUCUGCAAAGCCGAGAUCAUAGGACCACUCAAAGGGAUUUUAGGGGCCAUCCAAGCUCCCCUCUUAACUCACAUUAUGUGAUUAUGGGGGCCCAAUGGUGCUUAUUCUGAAGCCCCUGCCCAAUGGAAAAUGGGGCCCUCAUAUCCUAGUUCAAAACCCCUCAACACCUAGAAUCAAUAGCCAAUAUGGGUAGUUUGGAGAAUAGGGUUGGGUUUUGGGUAUAAAUAGAAGGGAGGAAAAUGGUCCUGGGGUCCACAGUGUGACCCUGUUCACUGCUUUGCUGCCCCCCUCCCCAAAUCUGUCCUCCUGUAGAGUAAGGGAUGACUUUGGGAUCAGAAGGAAAGGGGGGUAUCACUUAUCUCUGCUGCUUCUCCACCCCAUUCCCCGCUCCCACCGAGGGUCAGGAGGCCAAGAGACCCUCCAAGCAGCCUGUGUUCUCCCUGGGGAUCCCCGGGACAUCGCUGACACUUGCAACCCCAGCCAACACUAAAUAAAGCAAUUAUGUUUUUGCAAA